ACAUGAAGGGCGGAUGGUGUAAUUUAUUCUGCUACAAACCCCGGGCUACUGUAGCGGGGGUUCUUGGGUUCUGACACCUUGUGAAGACGCAGGGAGAGGGAGAGGGAGAGAGAGAGAGAGAUGGGAACGUCGGUGCAGGUGAAGCCACUGUCGGGAGUAUAUAACGAAAAUCCGCUAUCAUACGUUGUCUCAAUCGACGGCUUCAACUUUCUCGUCGACUGUGGAUGGAACGACCACUUUGAUCCCUCCAUCCUUGAACCCCUCUCCAGGGUUGCUUCAAGCAUAGACGCAGUCUUGCUAUCAUAUCCAGAUACUCUUCACCUUGGUGCAUUACCAUAUGCUGUAAAACAACUUGGACUCUCCGCUCCUAUUUAUUCAACAGAGCCUGUGCAUAGGUUAGGCCUGCUGACUAUGUACGAUCAGUAUCUAUCGCGAAAGCAAGUAUCAGAAUUUGAUUUGUUUUCACUGGAUGAUAUUGAUUCUGCUUUCCAAGGUGUGACCAGAUUGACCUACUCCCAGAAUUAUCAUCUCCCUGAGAAAGGGGAAGGAAUAGUUAUUGCUCCUCAUGUUGCUGGUCAUCUAUUGGGCGGUACUGUUUGGAGGAUUACAAAAGAUGGGGAGGAUGUUAUCUAUGCUGUUGACUUCAACCAUCGCAAAGAAAGGCAUUUGAAUGGAACUCUUCUAGAAUCAUUUGUCCGACCUGCUGUUCUAAUAACUGAUGCCUACAAUGCUUUAAAUAACCAGCCUUCUAGACGUCAGAGGGAUCAAGAAUUUCUGGAUGUUAUUCUGAAGACUCUUAGAGCAGAGGGCAAUGUACUACUACCCGUUGACACUGCUGGUCGUGUAUUAGAGCUACUUUUAAUAUUGGAACAGUAUUGGGCCCAGAAUCACUUGACUUAUCCCAUCUUCUUCCUCAAUUAUGUUGCAUCAAGCACAAUUGAUUACGUGAAGAGUUUCCUUGAGUGGAUGAGUGAUACUAUAGCAAAGUCAUUUGAACACACUCGUGACAAUGCUUUCCUUCUAAAGCAUAUCACUCUCUUAAUCAACAAGAGUGACCUGGAGAAAGUUCCAGACAGUCCAAAGAUUGUUCUAGCAUCUAUGGCCAGUUUGGAGGCAGGUUCCUCUCAUGACAUAUUUGUCGAGUGGGCUGCUGAUGCCAAGAAUCUUGUGCUUUUUACAGAAAGAGGGCAGUUUGGUACAUUAGCCCGCAUGCUUCAGGCUGAUCCACCUCCUAAAGCUGUUAAAGUCACCAUGUCCAAGAGGGUUCCUUUGGUGGGGGACGAGUUAGCUGCUUAUGAAGAAGAGCAAAACCGCAUAAAAAAGGAGGAAGCUUUAAAAGCUAGCCUUGUCAAGGAAGAGGAAUCAAAAGCAUCCCAUGGAUCUGAUGAUAUUAUGGGUGAUGCAAUGGUUGUUGAUGCUAGCAGUACUCGCACUUUAUCAGAUGUUGUUGGUCGGCACUCUGGUGCAUACCGGGACAUCUUUAUUGAUGGGUUUGUUCUGCCUUCCUCCAGUAUUGCUCCAAUGUUUCCCUUUUAUGAAAACUCCUCUGAAUGGGAUGACUUUGGUGAAACCAUCAAUCCAGAUGAUUACAUAAUCAAAGAGGAAGACAUGGACCAAGGAGCCAUGCAGGUUGGAGAUCUGGAUGGAAAACUCGAUGAAGGAUCAGCUAGUUUGAUACUUGAUACCACGCCUUCAAAAGUCAUAUAUAACGAAUUGACCGUUCAUGUGAAGUGUUCAUUGAUAUACAUGGAUUUUGAGGGCCGUUCUGAUGGCCGUUCAAUUAAAUCAAUUCUGGCCCAUGUGGCUCCAUUAAAGCUUGUCUUGGUGCAUGGAUCAGCAGAGGCCACUGAACAUCUGAAGCAACAUUGCUUAAAAAAUGUUUGCCCCCAUGUAUAUGCUCCGCAAAUUGAAGAAACAAUUGAUGUCACUUCAGAUUUGUGUGCAUAUAAGGUGCAACUGUCUGAGAAGCUGAUGAGUAAUGUGCUCUUUAAGAAGCUCGGAGAUUAUGAAGUAGCUUGGAUUGAUGCUGAAGUAGGGAAGAGUGAGAGUGGCACGCUCUCUUUGCUUCCUCUAUCAAAACCCGCUCCACCACAUAAGACGGUCUUUGUUGGUGACAUAAAACUGGCAGAUUUGAAGCAGUUCCUAUCAAGCAAAGGGGUGCAGGUUGAAUUUGGCGGUGGAGCCUUACGAUGUGGGGAAUAUACUACCAUCCGCAAGGUUGGAGAUUCAACUCAGAAGGGUGGUGGUGCUGGUAUUCAACAGAUCAUCCUUGAAGGGCCCUUAAUCGAGGAGUACUACAAGAUUAGAGACCAUCUCUAUUCGCAGUUUUAUUCUGUUUAGCGCGAAUCAGAAGCAUUGUGAUUUUGUACGGAAAUGUGUAGUUUAGGGAUAACCAAUUGUAGUUACAAGGAGUAUUAUUAUUGUAGAACAAUUUAGCAUGAAACAGUGUCCGGGAACAUAUGUAUCCAUUUUUACCUAACAUUCUUUUUGUCUAUUUUGGUUAUCAAUCAGAAUUCACUGUUGAGUGGGUGGGUGUGUGCUAGGGAAAUUCAUUUGGAGUCUUAGAUUGUCAAGAUGGCUAUUUUAAACUCUCGUCAUUUGGAAUGAUGAAAUUCUUCUUGUAGAGAAUAA